AGUCAGAUGUCAACUUCGUUAGGUUCACAGUCUGAGUUUACCACUAACAAAUUAAUUGCUAGAAGUUACGAAGAGGAAAUUAUUUGUAAAAAAUUGUUAACAAUUACCGCCUCAGAAUUACUGCCUAAUACGAAUUGAAUAGACAAUAAUGAAAACGGGACCCUUAUACGGCAUCGUUGCGAAUUCGAAAUCGCGAAUGCGAUGCGUUUUUUGUGGAGUUUAUAUACCGAAGGCUAAUAAAUGUAUUGAAGAGCACACAAAUGGUACAAAACAUAAAGAGAAUAUAGAUCAAAUGGUCGAACAUGGAAUGAUAUAUAACAACGAAGAGUUAUAUUGUAAGCCUUGUAACGUAAAUCUCAAUGAAGAAGAGUCUGUUGCGUCUCAUAUCGAAAGCGAUGACCACGCCAAUUGGAUAGCGGCUGUAGACAAUUUAAUAGAGGGCGAGUUCAUCAACGUAGAUUCAUAUCUAGCUAGCGAGAGUGAAGAAGUAUUUUGUGAAGUGUGCAAUUGUAAUAUAAAUUGCACGUUACAAAAUAUAGAAAUUCACGUUAACGACAUCGUCCAUCGUGGCAAUGUAGCUGAGAAAUUGAAACCGUUAAAUGGAAUAUUUCGCGUUGAUAACGAUGACGAGUUAUGGUGCAAACUUUGUGACGAGUACAUUGAGAAUACGGCCAGAAGUGUCCUUGAACAUAUUGAUGAUUCCCCUGAGCAUGUAGAAUGGUUCAUUGAGAUUGAAGAUCUAAUAGAGGGUCAGGAAGUAUCUAUUCAAGAUUUUCUUAAAAAUGAGCAUGAGAAAAAUGCAUAUUGCAAUAAAUGUCAGGUAGAAAUCUUCUGCAAUGUUCAAAGUAUCGAGGAACAUGUCCACAGCGAAGUACACUUAAACCAAUUUAGCUAAUGUUGCAUGCAAGGUGAAUCUCUCAAAAAAACAUUACUUAGCUUAUUCAAUCAGAUAAUUUUAUUACUUCUAGAAUCCAUAGUUUUUUAUUACAAGCUUUUAUUUAAUUUCACGUGUUGAUCAAAUCUGUCAAAUAAACUUUAUAGCAGUUUAUUUAACUAAUAGGGAAUGACAUGAAUUGAAUAAAUUAUCAUAUUAAAAUAACUUUUUUAAUAAUAUAAUUAUUUUCAUUAAAAAUGUACUUUGUCAAAUGUGAAAAAAUAUUGUAGUCUGAAAAUUUUCUUACAAGUUGCUUGUUAUUCAUGCUUACUUAUAUAUUUGUGUGUUUAAUAA